AUGUUCUUCAAGACUGUCCUUUCGGGCGCUGCUCUGGCCUACCUGGCCGCUGCGGCCCCAGCUCCACUGCCUGAUGUGCCUGGCUACACCGAUGCCGAUGCUCCGUACGCCACUGAGACACCUGAGCCCGUCACCAAUUUGGCCACCUCUUUCGGACCCGACUCUCAGAUCUCUGCAAUCUUCACGACGGCUACGACUAUCCCCCCAAGGCGCUCUAGCGUCUUGACAGGCCAUACGAGCCAUGGACCCUACUCUGGUACGCCCACGACUACAGGUGCUGUCAUGGCAUCAUCCACCGAGGCCGCGUCCAUCCCCAUUCUCCCACCCAACCCUACGGCUACCUACUACAACUCCGAUGGAAUGCUUCAGAAGCCUGCUCCGGCCCCUAAUGUGCCUGCCGGCGGUCUUGGUACCAACGGCACCGAGCCACGCUACAUGGUGAACUCGGAUUUCGACUACGAAUCGAUCCAGCUCGGCCUGUACCAGGAGUGGAUCGAGCUCGACCUCUUCAACAACGGCCUGGCCACCUUUUCCGACGAAGACUUCCUCGCCGCCGGCUUGACAGCCGAGGACCGCGCCCUGAUCAGCUUCAUGGCGCAGCAGGAGUCGGGCCACGCCACGCUCCUCUCCAACAUGCUGGGCGAGACGGCGGCGCCGCAGUGCACGUACAACUACCCCUUCACGACGGUGCGCGAGUACAUCGACUUCAACCAGAAGCUGACGCGGUGGGGCGAGUCCGGAGUCUGGGGCUUCAUCAACCACCUCGACUCGCGCGAGGUCGGCCAGCUGCUCUCGCAGUCCAUCGCCACCGAGGCCCGCCAGCAGAUGUCGUUCCGCCAGAUGCUCGGCCUGCACCCCUACCCGGUCUGGUUCGAGACGGGCAUCCCCCAGGCCUGGGCCUGGACCUACCUGGCCCCCUACAUCUCAGAGUGCCCGGAGAACACGACGCGCCUGGCCUGGCAGAACUUCCCUGCGCUACACAUCGUCAACCAGCCCAACCCCAACCGCUUCUCUCCCAACGAUACAGCCGACGGCGAGGUCGUCGGCAACCGCACCGCCGACCCAUCCAACUCGCGCAUCGACGACGACGAGAGCUGCGUCAACCUCAACGUCACCGGCUACGGCUGCGGGCCCGCCAUCUCGCGCAACCGCAGCGAGCCCCUGAGCUUCCCCGGCCGCCAGGUCCGCCUGAGCUGGGACGAGCCCGGCCAGGCCGUCGGUCCCAACAACAGCUACGUCACUUCCACCACCGCCGCCAUGACCGGCCCGUCGUUCGUGGCGUGGGUCAGCCAGCUCAAUCUCACCUACACCCCGCUCACCGUCACCGGCCCGAACGAGGGCUUCACCUACCAGCCGGCCGGCUACGUCUACGAGGGCGACCCUGCCGUCAACGGCACCAUGUUCGUCGCUCUGACCGACAGCGAUCUCUAUCUCACGCCGUUUAACCUCAGCAUGAUUAACCCCCACGUCCGCGCUCUGGGCAUUUACCAGGCUGGUUGA